UGAUGAUGAUGAUGAUGAUGAUGACGGUGGCGGUGCUGGUCAGGGUGGUGGUUGGUGGUGGUGACGGUGGUGACGUGGAGAUGGUCAUGGUGGAGAUGGCGGUGAUGGUGGCAACGGUGGUGAUGUGGAGGGGUAGUGGUGGUGAUGGUGAUGGGGGUGGUUUGUCUAGAGAGCGCAGGACACAUAUGAAUCAUAAUGAAAGCGCGUGUAAAAGCACGCGCAGACAUGAGAGCACACAUAUGGGAGCACUUACAAUAGCAUCGGCGCUUCAAGGUUCACAAAGUUGCGCCCCUGCCCCGACACCUGCACUUCAAGGUCCAGAAAAGCGCUGCGCCUGCCAUGAAAUCUUCGCCUCAAGGUUCACAAAGCGCACAAAGUGCCACAAAAUCUUCACUUCAAGGUUCACAAAGUGCUGCUCCUGCCACGAAAUCUGCGCUUCAAGGUCCUUACGCCUGGUAUGUGAAUGGGCAUGCCCAAACCUUUGCAGAUGCUGUGGAGGAUAAAUGUGCGACGCCCGCUUGGCCUGUCUUUGUCGAAAACCAACGUGACAAGCGCCUACAUAGCUCCGAUUCAAUCUGUUUGAGUAUUUCGUUGCUCGAGGCAAAGAGCGGCAAAGUGCAAGAAGAAGAAGAAGAAGAAAGCGCACGCCAUUGGAUGUUGACACCUCAUAGAGGAAUCGGUGUCACGGCUUCAGUUUUACGGUUCAAUCAGGGGCCAGACACUUACUGUGUUCGCGAGCCCUUCUGUUAUAUAAGAUCAAACUCAACUGGACACAUCCCACAACUUUGGGGGAACCAAGAGGGUGUUUCGACAUGUUUCUGCGGAGGAGAAAAGCGAAAACAAGAACCAAACAUGCUUAACAUAACAUGUUGCCAAGCCCUUUAUUUGUGUGUUUUACGAUGUUCCUUCCAUUUGUUUCGUGGGGAAUCUCUUGACUUCUAUGUUUCGAGAUUCGAGCAGCCAACCCGUCCUCACUUUAGGAGCCGAUAUCUCUACCAGCCAAUACUCUCGACUGGAGGAAAGCAGGAUGAUGGAGGCGGUUCGGACGAUGAGGGUGGGAAAGUGCGGAAGUACAAGCGCUAUUUGCUGUCAGACAGCAAGAGCUUCGACGCGCUCUUCUUUCCCGAGAAGCCACAAUUGUUGAAGCUGGUGGAUGAUUUCAUGCAGACUCGGGGGAAGUUUGCGAGCCUGUUGCUGCAUGAGGAACUGAGCACUGACUGUGGAUCAAAACGAGCAACCCCCACAAUUACCCUUGCAAGGUUGGCCUUGUAGUCCACGUUCAUUUUCUGGGUUCAACCCAAGGUCCCAGGAUUUGGGUAUGUUUUGACCCACAGCCACAGGAACUGUUCCUAAAGAUUUCCUCUUGAGGUUGAGACUGUGCGGGCACGUGGUAUUUUCAUUUUUCCGGGUCGUUGCUUGGGAGGUCUCCCUACUUAAAAACACAUCCACAUAUAUUUUAUAUAGAUAUAUACCACUUGCUUGAGUGUUUGAACUCCAACGCCCACAUCGCAUCGCCAUGUUUUCCACUGAUGCCCAGGAAUUCUACCGUGACCUUUGUUCGACGAACUCAACGAAACGUGCUCGAAGUCGACCAAACCCCUACGAUCUGAAGUCGCGAAGACGUGCUCGAAGUCGCAGCAUCGAUCCUGAGGAUUCCGGGUUUCCCCAACAAGCUGGGCAUCCUACUAGACGGUCCUCCAGGCACUGGCAAGACUAGCUUGAUCAAGGCGCCUGCUUGGGCACCGGUCUGAGGGAAAGAGUGGCUGCGGCGGUGGCCUGGGCGGUUUUGGGCACCAUACAAGACCAGUGAUUUCACAGGAUUCCCACCAGAUCCCAUCGGUUGGGUUCCUUUCGUUGUUUCAUGUAGUUUCAAAAGGACAACGGUGCGAGGCAGCUCGCAAUUUUUCCGGGGGCCGCGGCGUCCGAGGCUUGGCCGUGAGCUUGUUGGGCUGGAAGGCGAAGGAAAUCCCGAUUGAACAGGGUUUGUACCCGUGGAUGUCAUUGAAGUUUGGAAGUAAACAGACCCACCAACAGACAGCUGCUAGAAAGGAAGGCAAUGAUUUUGCGGCACAAAAAGAGGUUUCUGAUGGUUUCUGCAUAUACUGGCAAAGAAGCAGAGAGAGGGAGAGAGAGUAUGGAUUUCAUGGGUCUUUGUGUCUUGCCUUGAGGACUCCCUAAGUAUGUUCCGGGGCACACUCCAAGUCAGAGCAUGAUCCCUGGAAACCCAAGGAAUGUCCUGAGGCAGGUGGUUGAAUACCACCUGCGUCUCUCUGACGCAAGUCGCGUCUGCUCUCUGCUCGCCUUAAUCACCUCACUCAGGACGCAGGGGCGGAGGAUGGGGCAAUGGGGCGGAGGAUGUUGCAGCAUUCAUGCUAUCUAAAUAUUAAAGGGAAUAUAUAUAUAUAUUGUUUAUUCC